AUGGCGGUAAGUUAUAAUAUUGCUGCGCCUGCUUCGGUAUUAUUUAUCGUUAUUUACAUCUCAGUUUUCAUUUUAUCAACGGUUGGUAACACAUGCGUUUUGCUAACUUGCUACAAGACUUUAAAAAGAAGGCAUUCCCCGUUUAUAUGGUUAUUGGUGAAUUUAGCGACGGCGGAUCUCCUGUUUACUCUUCUUUCCGCAUUUAACGCGAUCGGAUAUUUGUGGCGCUGGGUAGGUGGAAACAACACUUGUAAGCUUCAAGGAUUCUUUGUGGAGGCGAGCUAUACGACUUCCAUCAUGACACUUGUAACUAUUAGUUACCAAAGAUUAAAAGCUACCACAGAUCCAUUUAGUACCAGAGCAAGGGGCUGGUUCGACAAGGACUACCUUAAACUAGUAAUAAUUUGGGGAUUGAGCUUACUGGUCUGCACUCCUUUGCUGCAAAUCUACGACGUAAAAACGGUCGACGGCAACGUUGCUUGUGUAACUACGAAAGAUGGAGUCAUUGUCCCGCAGAUUUACUACAGUUUGCAUACAGCACUAUUCUUUGCGGUACCGUUGUUUUACAUGAUUUUUACCCAAAUCCGAAUUCAUCUCGCUCUUCGCACAAGUGUUACACCAACGAGCAAAUUGUUCACUUCGCGAGCACAGAGACGGCACAAAAAGGCUUCAAAGACACUUGCUGCACUAACUAUAGCAUUUAUAAUCUGUUGGUCACCUUUCAUGGUCAAUCGGACGCUAAUCUACUUUCGUUUAGCACCAAAAGGACUCAUUUGGAGGGCAUCUCAACUUUUAAUCUUUCUUAAUACCGGAUUGGAUCCUUUGUUGUACGGUUUGUACGACGGAGACUUAAAGUCUUUACUUCGAAGAGUUCUUUACAAGAACAGGGUUAACAAGUGAAAUCUCUUUAUCAAAAAAGAAUAGAGUGAAAGGUAUACUUGAGAACUUAAUCUGUUGGACACAAGGCAUGAGCCUGUGGCAGCCACGAAGGAGUGUUCCAUGAUCUACACGAUAUCGUAGCGAGUGUUUUUCUUUAAAGCCAGACAAAAGAAGAAGGGAACAAAGAUUCAAUCAGACUUUCGUAUCUGUAAUACGAAAAGUACACACCAACAUUCUCAGGGAAUACUUUUCAGCUGAAGGAACCUCUGGAAGCCCACUUGAUUCCCUCAAAUUGUGGGAAUAAAAAGUUAAUGAGACACACCAUCAAUAAGAGAGGAAAAGGAGAGAAAAGCAACCGGCGUUGAGUGAAAAGUUCUUUAAGAUAUUUCAAUCGAAUUGCCAUGCUUGCUACCUCUCAAAUAUUUGGACAAACUUUCAUUUUGUUAAAAAUGUGUGCUUCUUACUCCAGCCAAGUCAACGUCCAUUCCGAUAUUUAACCUAUUUUUUGUUUCAUAUUGAAAAAAGGAAAGAUAAGCACCACAUUUGGCUUGCAACCCUUUGCAAAACUCAACAAUUUCAUCUACGGAUGUGGUAUAUUUUGUACCCGAAAGAUAAAUUAACAAAAACAGAUAAACAAAGCAGAAUAAGACAGAGCAAGUUCCGCCGGAGGGAGUGACUUGUCUACAAUAUAUAUAUGUACAUAUAUAAAUAAUAAAUAAAUAAAUAAAUGUGGGGGUAGAGUCUACCUUGGCAUAAAGUGCUCAAUGCUGUGGUAGCAGAGCUAAGUAUACAUACGUUAAAGAAUUAAAGAGGACGCAUCGAUUCUCUGUGACUCUUAGUUUCGCGCCUGAGCCCUCGUCAGACAGAUAUCGUUGUGGAAUAAAUACGGUAAUUAGAAAUAUAGCUCAAUGAUCGAUUCCUCUGAUCACUUGAUAAUGUUCUUUUCAAAGCUAUAGUUGAAUAGCAAAACCAUUUAAUUAAAAUAAAACCUAAAAGUUUUAACUAAUUAGAGUUCAAAAUGAAAUCCAAUCCGGAGUAUUAUUUAAGGGUCCUUUUGAUCUAACGUAAAUUUGGAAUUUGCGAAAGGAUCGCAAAUUUUAAUUUUGUGAAACGUUUACGGCGUUAAAUCGAACAGGAUCUAGUCGUUAAGGAUUUGAUGAAUAUUAAAAACAUUUUAACCGCAAAAUUAUCGUACUUUGAUAUAAGUCAUACUGAUAUAGAUUUCUACCAAACGUUGAUAUAAAUCAUGUAUCACCAGUUGCGAUCAAAUUGGUGGGUUGUUUGUAAGCUAACAUCACCUCGACUUUCGAAUCGCGCGCAAUGGUUUAUAUUAAGUUCUGUUUCACAUCAUUUUUAAGUUUUAUUAAAGAAAAGAAGAAGUUGUAGUAAUGAUAGUUACAUAAUAUAUUUCUCUUGGUCAGCUUGGUAGCUUGUGCCCCAAUGUUUGCUUAUUUAUCAUUUUUAAACUGAUGUUUUGUAAAGGAGUACAUAGCAUGACCAAAUACUACAAUUUUGAUAAACAGAGCAAUAAAUAUUACAAAUAGUGCUUCAACUAUUCUAUAAAGUUGUCCAAAAUUAGAAAUUAGAAAUCGCCGAGGGCUUGCAAUGAAUUCAACGGCUUUUUGAAUAGGCUUACACACAAUGACUUUCACAAAGUGUGGAAAUAGCUUAUAAAUAAAUAAUUAUGUUGGAUUAAGAAUAGCGAUUAUUCUACUAUGUCAUACACAUCUGUUGUAUUCAGACUUGGCACCACUUAUGUAAAGAAAGGAUCAAGGUUGCUUAUCGUCAUGCUUUGAUCACUUUAAGAGAUAGGGCCGGGGAGAUUUCCAUGGAAAUUAAUUGAUGACAUCCAAUUUACAUGUCAGCAAAACACAUAUACUUUCUUAAUUCUCCUGUUGUAACAGCUGCUUCGCAAAGUAAUGAAACUUUCCUAAUGGUUCCUGUUGAUCUCAUAAUUAAGCUAUAUAUAUUCCGCUCAAAACCACAACAUUAGAAAAAAUAAACCCAACAAACAAGCGACGUUACAGGCUUUUUAAUAAAAGAUCCAACCCAGGCAAAUUUUAGUUGCUCUUUUGUUAAUAACUUUAAUCCUUGUUUGGUUGGAGAUAUUGCGUUCUAACACCCGCAUAGAUUAUGACAAAAUUUACUUCCAAGUUAAUUUCCCUUUCGGUUGUGUUUGCAUAAAGCGUCGAUUUGAUCAUUCUUUUUUCUGGCAGAAUAUGUUACUGCCCUUUUUCGCAAUUUUUCUAAGCCACCUUUUUAUACUUAAAAGGCUGGUAAGGAGAAAACGGUCUAAUUGUGGUGGUAUGAAAUUCGAAUACAUCGGAUGUAUGAUGGCUGGCCCAUCUAUUUACGUCUUGUUUUUUUCAGGAACAAAAAGACCAUGCGAAUUUUAAUAAGUUGAUAGCUUGUAAUACAAACAGGUUUGGUUGACAUAAGUGAAGAUUCAGAACGGUCGUUGGCAAUCACAGAAACACACAUUGACUCUGAGCUAGGAAAGAAACGCUUGUUGACACAACAUUUGAAGAGGGCCAGAAUACUACACAUGGCAACAAGCGACGGAUUUCCCAUAGCAAUAGUAGCCACAUUCACAUGUGCUUAUUUUCUAAUCUUCCUGGCGUCAAUCGUGGGGAACUCAUUUGUACUUUGGCUCUGUAACAAACUAAAAAGACAACGAGAGUCUUCUUUGACAUGUUGUAUCGCCAACUUAGCAAUUGCAGACGUGGCAUUUACGGUACUGACUAUUUUUGACUUGAUAGUAUUCUUGUGGACCUGGGUAGGCGGCGAGAUAUCCUGUAAACUACAAAGCUUUUCCAUUGAAGCAUGCUACUACACCUCCAUAAUGACUCUUGUUCUUAUCAGUUUUGAGCGUCUGAAGGCUGUGGUAGACCCUUUAAGUGUCAGACUCAUCACAAGGAAAAACAUGCUACGAAAGUUAAUAGCCGUUUGGUCAGUUAGCGCAGUCGUUGCUUCGCCUUUGCUUUAUGCUUAUCAAACCCAAACAGAUGACACAGGAACCGUCCUUUCCUUGUACCUCUUGUCUACAUGA